AUGGGGGUGGUCACGAGACCCAAGAAGAGGCGGCUGCAAGAGGAGCGCCUCCGGGACCGUAUCAGCAGCCUCCCCGACGACGUCCUCGUCGACAUCGUCUCCUUUCUCCCCACCAAAGAAGGCGCCCGCACGCAGGUGCUCUCCUCCCGCUGGCGCCGCCUAUGGCGCGCCGCACCUCUCAACCUCUCGCCAGUUGGCCGCGCGUGCGGCAUCCCUGUCGGCGAGGUGUCCCGCAUCCUCGCGGCACACCCGGGCCCCGGCCGCCGCUUCUCCAUGCCGGAGUGCUACCUCAGCUACGACGACGAGUACUCCGAAACGACACUGGACGGCUGGCUCCGGUCACCCUCCCUCGACGACCUCCGGGAGCUCGAGUUCUAG